UAUCUUCUUGAAAUGAUGCAACUACUGGUUAUGUUAAAAUUUUUACUUUUAACUUUGAUAGCAGCUAGGACUGUUCUUGGGUUAGGUCAUGAGUUUGAUCUAACAUUUGUAUCUAAAUUUGGAGAUGUAGAAAUUGGACAAGUAGGUGGACUUGCUGUGAAUGAAGAAGGAGAUGUGUACAUCUUUCAUAGAGGGGAAAAUAUCUGGAAUUCUUUCUCCUUUGAUUCUGCACAUGUUUAUACUUUGCAAUAUUUUCCCAUAGAAGUGGAUGCUGUUGCUAUUGUGUUUAAAAAUGGAACGCUUAAGCGAUCAUUCGGGAAUAAUACAUAUUAUCUACCCCAUGGAUUGACGCUUGAUUUUGAUGGUAACAUGUGGUUGACUGAUGUUGCACUUCAUCAAGUAUUUAGGAUACCGAAAGAUGGCGAUACUCCUGAUCUUACAUUAGGUUACCGAUUCGAACCAGGAUCUGAUCUCGACCAUUUCUGUAAGCCGACGGAUGUUGCUGUUCUAUCAACAGGCGAGUUUUUUGUUGCCGAUGGAUACUGUAAUAGUCGAAUAAUGAAAUUUGAUAAGAACGGAUAUUUUAUUAAACAGUGGGGAACAAAAAGUGUCUACAAGAACUCUGAUGGGUUUCCUCCUCCGGGUACUUUUAAUUUUCCACAUGGUUUAACUUUAGCAGAAGAUAAGCAUAAAGUUUGUGUUGCUGAUCGAGAGAAUGGAAGAACUCAGUGCUUUGACUUGGAAGGAAACUUUUUAAAUCAGAUGCACCCAAAACAAUUUGGGCGAGCAGUGUAUGCAAUUGAGUACAGUUCAAGUCACAAUGGUGUUCUUUUUGCUGUAAAUGGGCCACGCUAUGAUUCCAGUGACCCUGACACUAAAGGAUUCACGCUUGAUAUCAACACUGGUGAAUUGCUGUCAACUUGGAAUAUUCAAGAAUCUGGCUUUACACAUCCGCACGAUAUUGCAGUUGAUGAGAAAAACCACAUUGUUUAUGUUGGUGAACUCAAUCCAAGACAAGUUUGGAAACUAAACAUGCCAGAAACAUUGUACACUGCGAGUGCGAGACUGGAUAAAUUGACUUUAAUUGGCAUUUUAGUCGCUGUUCCUGUGCUAGUCUUGAUUCUUGUUAUGGUUCUUUUAUGGCUGCAUCAUACUGGAAAGUUAGUUAGGAAAACCAAGAAAAAGCCAGCCCCAGUGGUAAAAGACUAUAGUACUGAAGCAGAGAAUGUGGACAGUAGCUUGGAUCUCAGUCAGUACUCUGUGUCUUAUAGUCAGACAAAGGAGUGUAUCAAACCUGUGAAGAUUGACAGGACUGCGGGGAAAGUAGGGAAAAUCAGAAUAGAAGACGAUGGCAGCUACUUUAAUGUGUCAGAGGGAGGAAAAGAGACAAAACUUCAGAAGGCGCAUAUUACGUUAAAUGAUUGUCUGGCGUGCAGUGGAUGUAUUACAUCAGCCGAGAGUGUUCUUAUAACACAACAAAGUCAGGAUGAACUGUACAGAAUACUGCAGGAAAAUCUUCAACUGGGAAAGGAUGGACAGGCUGAACAGCAAAAGACUAUAGUAGUAUCAGUGUGCCCACAGGCCCGGGCCUCACUGGCUGCAAAGUAUGGCCUCUCAGUGACAGAGUCAUCACACAAGAUAACAGCAUUCUUCAAAAAACUAGGUGUCCAUUAUAUCCUUGACACAACAUUUGCUCGGGGCUUCAGUCUGAUAGAGAGUUGUCGGGAAUUUGUCAGUCGGUAUAAAGAAUCAGAGGUAACUCCUGCUGCCUUCCCCAUGUUAGCCUCGGCUUGUCCAGGUUGGAUAUGCUAUGCUGAGAAGACACAUGGUUCCUAUAUUCUCCCCUACAUCAGUACAGUGAAGUCACCACAACAGAUUAUGGGAUCUAUUGUUAAAGAUUAUUUUGCAAAGAAACUUUCAAAAACUCCAGACCAGAUAUACCAUGUGAGUGUGAUGCCAUGUUUUGAUAAGAAAUUGGAAGCUUCACGUCCAGAUUUCUACAGUGAUAUUUACAGUACGAGAGAUGUCGACUGUGUUAUUACAUCAGGUGAAGUAGACUUGAUGCUACAAAAGGAAGGCACCGCUCUGUUAGAUAUAGAAGACCAUCCUUUAGAUAACUUAUUUGGAAGUGCAGAUAUUGUCAGUCACAUCGGGGGCGGUUCUGGAGGAUAUCUUGAACACAUUGCCAGAUACGCUGCUGAGGAAAUACUUGGUUUCACUGUUGAAAGUCUCAAAUAUAAAACACUGAGAAAUCAAGACUUUCAAGAAGUGACUAUAGAAAUGGAAGGCAAACCACCAAUCAAAAUGGCUCUUGCAUACGGUUUUAGAAACAUUCAAAAUAUAGUACAAAAAAUCAAACGUGGAAAGUGUCCAUACCAUUUUGUUGAAAUAAUGGCCUGCCCUUCAGGCUGUACUAAUGGAGGAGGACAGAUAAGACCAGAAGGGGAGGUUACUCCAAAAGAGAGACUGGUUGCAGUGACAGAACUUUAUAAUUCAGUAAGAACUGUAAAUCCUUGGACACAGUCUGAUAUUCAAAAUCUUUAUGCUGACUGGUUAGGUGGGACAAACAGUGAGAAGUGUAAACAGAUGUUACGUACACAGUAUCAUGAAGUGGAAAAGAUGACAAAUGCUUUAGCAAUAAAAUGGUAGAAGAGUGCAAAAUGACAAAAACCGGAUAGUUACAUCUCCCACCAAACAGUGGUGUUGGAGACAUUAUUGAUUUACUCCUGUCUGUGUGUGUGUCCGUUUGUCUGUCUGUCUGUUUGUCACAAAUCUUGUCCACACUCAUAAGUCGAACAUUUCUCAACGGAUCUUCACCAGACUUGAACAAAAUGUGUUUUCCAAUAAGUCCUCGGCCAAGUCCGAUAACUAACCAAAUCGGCCCAGGCACUUUAGAAUUAUGGCCCUUGAAUUACCGAAAAUCUCAGUACACAGAUCCCAGUGAUAUAUUUAUUGGUGCAUGGUUGACUCAGAUACAUAACUAUACAGAUGAUAGGCAGUUGUGGGAGACAUGCGCUUUUCUCAAAAGCAGUUCUAGUUUUUAGCUCAUCUGAUUUUUUGAAAAAAAAUGAUGAGUUAUUGUCAUCACUUGAGCGGUUGUCGGCGUCGGCGUCGGCGUCGGUGUCGGCGUCGGCGUCUGCGUCGGCGUUGCCUGGUUAAGUUUUAUGUUUAGGUCAGCUUUUCUCCUAAACUAUCAAAGCUAUUGCUUUGAAACUUGGAAUACUUGUUCACCAUCAUAAGCUGACCCUGUAUAGCAAGAAACAUAACUCCAUCUUGCUUUUUGCAAGAUUUAUGGCCCCUUUUGUACUUAGAAAAUAUCAGAUUUCUUGGUUAAGUUUUAUGUUUAGGUCAACUUUUCUCCUAAACUAUCAAAGCUAUUGCUUUGAAACUUUGAAUACUUGUUCACCAUCAUAAGCAGACCCUGUACGUCAAGAAUCAUAACUCCAUCUUGCUUUUUGCAAGAUUUAUUGCCCCUUUUGGACUUAGAAAAUCAGUUUUCUUGGUUAAGUUUUAUGUUUAGGUCAGCUUUUAUCCUAAACUAUCAAAGCUAUUGCUUUAAAACUUGCAACACUUGUUUACCAUCAUAAGUUGACCCUGUAUAGCAAGAAACAUAACUCCGUCCUGCUUUUUGCAAGAUUUAUGGCCCCUUUUUGACUUAGAAAAUAUCAGAUUUCUUGGUUAAGUUUUAUGUUUAGGUCAACUUUUUCUCUUAAACUAUCAAAGCUAUUGCUUUGAAACUUGCAACACUUGUUCACCAUCAUAAGCUGACCCUGUACAGCAAGCAACAUAACUCCAUCCUGCUUUUUGCAAUAAUUAUUGCCCCUUUUGGACUUAGAAAAUCAUUUUCUUGGUUGAGUAUUAUGUUUAAGUCAACUUUUCUCAUAAACUAUUAAAGCUAUUGCUUUAAAACUUGCAACAGUUUUUCACCAUCAUAAGUGGACACUGUACAUCAAGAAACAUAACUCUAUCCUGCUUUUUGCAAGAAUGAUGGCCCUUUUUAGACUUAGAAAAUCAUGGGUAGGACAAUAUUUCUAUUACACAAAAAAAAUCAGAUGAGCGUCAGCACCCGCAAGGCGGUGCUCUUGUUUAAACAUUUGUGGUGCUACUUGAUUUAGUAUCUUAGUUGUGUUUGGAGGCCAGGACAAUAUUUAUAUGUGAUUAAAAUUGUAUUGAAAAAUAUGCGUAGCUUCUUCAGCCGAAAUAUUACAUUACUCGAGACGCGCAGUAGAAUUCAGCAAAAGAACAAAUCAUAUAAUUUGUAUAAUUGCUGUUUUUCAAUUCUUAAAGUUGAUGUACUGAAACAAUUUAUAUGUAGACAUUAAUAAGAGUACAAGAUUUUUCCUUUCCCGGUAUUGAUGUUGUUAGUAGUAAUUCUUAAUUUAUGACAAGCUGAUAUAAAAGUUAUGCCAGAUAUUGACCACAUAUUAUAUUCUAGAGAUAGACUAACACCUACGCUGUAUAUGCUCUUGAUUGAAAAUGAAUAUAACUAAAAUAAAUUCAAAAGGUUUCUUGUGUGUUUUGUGAAAGAGGUUGAUGGUAUGAAAUAAUUAUUCAGCUGUCUUACAAAAUGUUUUUAGCUCACCUGUCACAAAGUGACAAGGUGAGCUUUUGUGAUCGCGCGGCGUCCGUCGUCCGUCGUCCGUCCGUCCGUCCGUCCGUGCGUGCGUGCGUCCGUAAACUUUUGCUUGUGACCACUCUAGAGGUCACAUUUUUCAUGGGAUCUUUAUGAAAGUUGGUCAGAAUGUUCACCUUGAUGAUAUCUAGGUCAAGUUCGAAACUGGGUCACGUGCCGUCAAAAACUAGGUCAGUAGGUCUAAAAAUAGAAAAACCUUGUGACCUCUCUAGAGGCCAUAUAUUUCACAAGAGCUUCAUGAAAAUUGGUCAGAACGUUCACCUUGAUGAUAUCUAGGUCAAGUUCGAAACUGGGUAACGUGCCUUCAAAAACUAGGUCAGUAGGUCAAAUAAUAGAAAAACCUUGUGACCUCUCUAGAGGCCAUAUUUUUCAUGGGAUCUUUAUGAAAGUUGGUCUGAAUGUUCAUCUUGAUGAUAUCUAGAUCAAGUUCGAAACUGGGUCACGUGCGGUCAAAAACUAGGUCAGUAGGUCUAAAAAUAGAAAAACCUUGUGACCUCUCUAGAGGCCAUAUAUUUCAAGAGAUCUUCAUGAAAAUGGGUCAGAAUGUUCACCUUGAUGAUAUCUAGGUCAGGUUCGAAAGUGGGUCACGUGCCUUCAAAAACUAGGUCAGUAGGUCUAAAAAUUGAAAAACCUUGUGACCUUUCUAGAGGCCAUAUAUUUCACAAGAUCUUCAUGAAAAUUAAUCAGAACGUUCACCUUGAUGAUAUCUAGGUCAAGUUCGAAACUGGGUCACGUGCCAUCAAAAACUAGGUCAGUAGGUCAAAUAAUAGAAAAACCUUGUGACCUCUCUAAAGGCCAUAUUUUUCAUGGGAUCUGUAUAAAAGUUGGUCUGAAUGUUCAUCUUGAUGAUAUCUAGGUCAAGUUCGAAACUGGGUCACGUUCAGUCAAAAGCUAGGUCAGUAGGUCUAAAAAUAGAAAAACCUUGUGACCUCUCUAGAGGCCAUAUAUUUCAUGAAAUCUUCAUGAAAAUUGGUCAGAAUGUUCACCUUGAUGAUAUCUAAAUCAAGUUCGAAAGUGGGUCACGUGCCAUCAAAAGCUAGGUCAGUAGGUCAAAUAAUAGAAAAACCUUGUGACCUCUCUAGAGGCCAUAUUUCCAUGGGAUCUGUAUGAAAGUUGGUCUGAAUGUUCAUCUUGAUGAUAUCUAGGUCAAGUUCGAAAGUGGGUCACGUGCCGUCAAAAACUAGGUCAGUAGGUCAAAUAAUAGAAAAACCUUGUGACCUCUCUAAAGGCCAUAUUUUUCAAUGGAUCUUCAUGAAGGUUGGUUUGAAUGUUCAUCUUGAUGAUAUCUAGGUCAAGUUCGAAACAGGGUCAUGUGCGGUCAAAAACUAGGUCAGUAGGUCUAAAAAUAGAAAAACCUUGUGACCUCUCUAGAGGCCAUACUUGUGAAUGGAUCUCCAUAAAAAUUGGUCAGAAUGUUCAUCUUGAUGAUAUUUAGGUCAAGUUCGAAAGUGGGUCACGUGCCAUCAAAAAGUAGGUCAGUAGGUCAAAUAAUGAAAAAACGUUGUGACCUCUCUAGAGGCCAGAUUUUUCAUGGGAUCUGUAUGAAAGUUGGUCUGAAUCUUUAUCUUGAUGAUAUCUAGGUCAAGUUUGAAACUGGGUCAACUGUGAUCAAAAACUAGGUCAGUAGGUCUUGAAAUAGAAAAACCUUGUGACCUCUCUAGAGGCCAUACCCUUGAAUGGAUCUUCAUGAAAAUUGGUCAGAAUGUUCACCUUGAUGAUAUCUAGGUCAAGUUCGAAACUGGGUCACGUGCCUUAAAAAACUAGGUCAAUAGGUCAAAUAAUAGAAAAACCUUGUGACCUCUCUAGAGACCAUAUUUUUCAAUGGAUCUUCAUGAAAAUUGGUUAGAAUUUUUAUCUUGAUAAUAUCUAGGUCAAGUUCAAAACUGGGUCACAUGAGCUCAAAAACUAGGUCACUAUGUCAAAUAAUAGAAAAAACGACGUCAUACUCAAAACUGGAUCAUGUGGGAAGAGGUGAGCGAUUCAGGACCAUCAUGGUCCUCUUGUUGGUUCUUCCCAUGAGCCUGCCUUUGCCUGAAAUAAUUCUCAAAGGAGCACCUGGGAUCUUCCUCCACCAUGAAAAGCUUGAAAGUCACCUUAUUGUAAUGUCAGUGAUGUCAAACCCAACAAAAAACAUCAACAUAGCAUGAAGUUUAGAUAGAAAAAUUUAUUGCUAGAUUUCUCGACCUUUGUUAUUUUUAAAACCUGAAUAUUUAUUUUAUAUUACAAAUUCUAUGUAAAUGAAGAUUUUAGAAUAACUCCUGUGAGCUAGGAAAAACCGGGCCCAUAUUCAUCAACAUUAAGUGUGUUAAAGUUUUGUUUUGCUCCAUCAUAGAUGAAUUACAACAGACUGUAAUGAAACUUUACAUGAAUGUGCAGUCUGCAGUUACAGACUUUGCUGUACACAUAAAUGUGGCAAAUUAUAUUUCAGUAAUUGGCAUUUUUGUCGAGCCAGCUUGCGGAUGCGAAGACUAUAAGAUUUUUUCACUGGUUAUAGUGCAGAUGGGAAUUUCCGGCCUCGAGGGUAACUGUUUAGGCGGUAACGAGGUUCCUACCGAGUUACCGCCUAAACAGUUACCCGAGAGCCGGAUAUUCCCAUCUGCACCUAUAACCAGUGACAGAAUCUUUUUCUUGCAUACCGAUAUCAAGAUGAAAUAAUAAAAAUAAAUAAAAUCAGUCGAAUGGCUUUCCUUUUAGAACUAUUUCUUAUAGCAGCGUAUUUAAACAAAGCGUGGGAAAUCAACGUCCUUAAACAGAAAAGACGUCAUGACGUUUCAAAGACAAAUAACAAUGUUUAGUUCGGUUUGUUUUAUCAGUUGCAGCGUAACGUUAUGAAUUUUUGAUAAAAUAACGUGUUUUGAAUCGAGAAAUAUACUAUCAGGAACAAAGAGGAACUGUCAAGGUAUUGGAUUUUUAUUCUGUUUUUCGAAAUAAAAUAUAAAUAACUACAUAAAUCUUCUACAUAUAUGUAGUUCGUAAUACGUCAUUUAAAGCAUGAGAGUCAUCUUACACCCCAGGGUGUAAGAUGGAUUUUUCCAGCACCGGUAAAAAUACCGGAAAUCCCCGUCUGGUAUGCAAGAAAUAGUUGUCUGAAUGACUGUUCGGUGUAUGUCUGUGCGUGUAUCUGUAUGGAUUUGUUUGUCCGUCUUGUUUAUAUUUGGCAUGAAUGUUAACCUCAGUGAGAGGGAGUGUCAUAUGUAAACCCCAGGUUCCUAUCUCAAAGGUCAAGGUCACAGUUGGAGGUCAAAGGUCAUGUCAGAUCUUAUCCGGCCCAUGACAUGCAUUGAGGAAUCUUGCUUAUAUUUUGCAUGAAUGUUUAACUCACUGAGACUGACUCUAUCUCAAAGGUCAAGGUCACAGUUAUGGGUCAAAGGGCGGGCUCAACACGUUGCCCAUGUGCAUCUAGUUUAUUCUUAGUUUCAAACAUGUAACUUUGAUGAGUACGAGCCAAGCUUUCUAUAGCACCACAAGAAGAAAAGUAGAUAAAAGUUUUAGUUUUUUGUAACACUUAUUUAUAUUGUGUUUGUUUAAAUGUUAAAGAAAUUUUGUGAUACAAAGAAGAUACGAAUAAAGUGUUGAAAAAAGUA